CUGAAGCAAUAUAUAACAUCCUCGCGAGAUGAAACCCUUUUAGCAACCGCAAAGGAACAGGGGAAGAAGUACACUGGAUCAACAUCCAGCACUACUGCCGCUCUUGGUCAUUUUCAUUUUCUUCUUUCGCAGUGGCGACCUAUCAAUACCGGGGCGCUCUCCCAGAGUUUCCCUGUCGAGUUCAAUACCUUCACGACUUUACAGCGAGGACCUUCUGCAAUCUUUUUGCGGUGGAGAGACGGAACCUAUGCCAUUGAUGCCGAUAAGGAAUUUGAUACUGCCAACAUACUCAGUAUGCUUGGUAAGUCCAUGGAGAAGUUGCUCACUCUCCCACCAGAAGAUUUCGAAAAGUAUCGCAAGGAGAACUCCAAUCAAAUAUCGGAGGAGGAACGCAAUGAAGCUGAGGCAUUCAACUAUACCGCCAUAGGUGAUUUCCUUCUCAGGUCUCAGCUCGAUGCACACGAUCCUCGAUUGCCAGGGACUGGUAUGUUUGAUCUUAAAACUAGGGCUGUGGUUUCAAUUCGAAUGGAUACGAAGGAAUACGAGCAAGGUAUGGGCUAUGAGAUCAGGGGGCGUCACGGAGAGUAUGAAUCAUUUGAACGCGAAUAUUACGACAUGAUCAGGGCUGCGUUCUUGAAGUAUUCAUUGCAAGUCAGAAUGGGUCGCAUGGAUGGUAUUUUCGUCGCUUUCCACAACACGCAGCGGAUUUUUGGGUUCCAAUAUAUUAGUCUUUCAGAGAUGGAUUAUGCACUGCACGGAACAGAGGACACCACGAUUGGGGAUUCUGAAUUCAAACUAAGCCUGGAAUUGCUAAAUCGAGUACUGGAUAAGGCUACAGCCAAGUAUCCGGAGAAAUCUCUGCGUCUUCAUUUUGAGACGAGGGGCGACGAGACUCCUUUCAUGUACAUCUUUGCAGAGCCGAUGGAGGAGGAGCAGAUUCAAGCGAUUCAAGAAUCAAACAAGGCUGCUGUUCUGGAGUUUGAGCAGAACGUCUUGGGCAUGACCACUAAGACAGACGAAGAAAUUUUAGAAGAAAAGAAGAACGCCGAAUGGGAUUCGCUGCGAACAAAGGUUGAAGAGAAGGCUCUUUCAACGGAGCAAGCAGACGCCACAACAGAAACCAGCGAGGCUGCGUCACCAAAAGUCGACGUUCUCGCCAUGACCCUGACUAUUCGCAACAAAAUCAAUGGAGAAUAUAUCGAAAGACCUGUCGACCUCCACAAAGACGACAAAUGGACUGUUGAAUACGCUCUAGCAGAAAUUCCUCAAGCGGAGCGGGCAUCUCUCCUUUAUGAGGCUACCAAGAGACGGCGAUUCCAGGCAUUGAGCAAUGCGAAGAAGGAAACUCCGUGGAACAAUCAUUUCAUGGAGAAUUUGAGGAAGCUUAGUAUUAAGGGGCGCGAGUGGAGGGAAGGUCAGAACAAGAUCGACGAGGCAGAGGGACCACCAAAGGUUCUGGAGGUCAACUAUGCGCCACCCCCACCCGUGAAGAAGGAUUAG